UUGAAAAAUAAAUUAUCUUGAGUUAUUUCAUAAGCUUUAUAGUUCUGGUGGUGGGCUGUAAUGAAGCCAGACGUGAUGUUGACGCUACUGCUCCUGCUUGAGUGUUGCAUCAAAUCCACUCAAUCAAAAUACAUUUUUAGAGGUAAAGCGAUACACUGCAAUACCAUGUUUGAAAUCAGAUAUGUGCAAUAAUUUCUGAACUUGAACAAUAAAUUAUAUGUUAAGUACUGAUCUUUUUAUAUUAUAUUAUUGAAAGAACAAAGAGACCUGGUGGCAUUCGGAGUGGUUGAUUCCAUUCUUAUUCGACAUUCACCGUGCCAGUACACAACGUUGUUUGUGACCGACGGAGAAAAGGAUGUAGAAAUGGUGCAGACGGAACGGGGGAAUGCUGCCUUCCAGGUGAAACUUUCCUACCUGAACAGUAAUGCUACACAAACUUACAUGAAGGAGGCGGUGGACAACGUUCGCAGGAUGGAUGAGCUGUGGCACUGCCUGGCACUAGUAGUGGUGAGCGAUAAUCCAACCUUCCUCGCCGCCUUCGCUCACCUGUCUCUAAGGCGUCAUGCCCUUAGGUGGUCGACAAAGAUCCUUGUCCUAACUCGCCUUUCUAAUAGCGAACUUGGUGGUCUUCACAGUCUCCUCUCCAACAGAAACGCCAUGCUGCUUCAAGUGCAAGAGUCUGAGAGAGCUAGCAGUAUCGAUGGUCGAGUGGGAGUGUACGUGUGGUCGCCGUACAGCGCCCCUGGCAGCAAGCCUUGGAGGGUGGCCACCUGGACCCCGCACAGCAGUCUGACACUGGCUUCCAACAUGCCUCUCUUUCCUGAUAAGUUUCAUGUGUUCAGCUCCGCACCAACCCUCACGGUGGCAAUCGAAGUGUUGCCCCACAAUACAAUUUCGUGGGUGGAGGACUCCAAGGCCCCUAGUGGACAACGCCUAGUGUUUAAGGGACAUAUGGACAACAUCGUAAAAUACUUGGCUAAGGCAACAAAUUUCACAUUUUGGUACGUGUUGUCCCCAGAGAGGGGUUUUGGCACUAAGCUGCCUGAUGGAUCCUGGACCGGCAUGUUGGGCAUGGUUAUGAGGGAGGAAGCAGACUUUUCACCAGCCCCAUUUAUAUUAAGUCCCGUGCGAAAAGAAGCUGCGGAUCACACAAUACCGUAUUAUUAUGGAAAUGUAAGAAUUCUAAGCGGACUAAGUGGACUAAAAGUGGACCCGUGGGGUUUCCUGCUGCCCCUGACGCCUCUUGCGUGGGCAGCCACCUUGAUGGCGCUAAUGCUGGUGUUCGUCAUCCUGCAAUUGCUUCCUUACUGUCUACCCAUCAGCACGCUGGGUCGCGGUGGCUGGUCGGUCAACAACGCCUUCAGCUGUGUUCGCAUCAUCCUACAGCAAGACAUCGUGUUGCUUGCGGAGCUGUGGUGGUGGGAGCGUCUGGUGCUGGGACUGUGGAUGCUGACGACGCUGGUGGUGACUAAAAGUUAUGCCGGAAAACUCAUGUCCCUCCUGGCUGUGAGAUAUGUCCCACAGCCCUACCAGACGCUGAGGGACGUCCUCGACGAUCCACAGGUCGCCAUGCUGUGGCAAAAGAAUUCUUAUAACGAACAGUACUUAAGGGAUGUUAAAACUGGCAUAUUCCGGGAGGUGGCCGAGCUCGAAGGAGUGGGACGCCUUAAGUUUCAUACACAGGCACAGACAAAGUAUAUGACAGUCCUAGACACCCUGGUGAGGGCCGGGGACCACGUGAUUGUGGAUUUCGAAAUAAGUUUGAGAAGCCUUAUGGCUCUUGACUUCUCUCAGAAAGGCCAGUGUGAAUUUUACAUGUCAAAAGAUCGAUAUUUAUCUGUUUCUGGUGCAGUGAUGGCUCCAAAGAAUAAUCCUCUCGUCCACAGCUUUAACAAGAGACUUAUGACUGCUAUCGAACAAGGCUUGAUAUCGUAUUGGCUGGAAAAUGUUCCAAACUUUACUGUUUGUGACAACAUUCCAAAGAAAAAGCUGGUUACUUCAUAUAUCUUUAUUUCCAAUAUAUGGGGAGUUUUCGCGUUGCUGGUCGGGGGUCUGGCCACCGGACUGGUGGUCUGGUGUGCUGAACUCCUCGUCAGCCCCAAGUGCCUUAUUUCCUCUCCAUCACCUCUCUCGAUUUCCUCACACUAACAACUCAACAGUGUGUGAAACAUUGUAGUUAUUACUUAAUGUAAUUACUCUACUGAGAAUUAGAUUUGUGCCGACAUAUUCUCUCUCUCUCUCUCUCUCUCUCUCUCUCUCUCUCUCUCUCUCUCUCUCUCUCUCUCUCUCUCUCUCUCUCUCUCUCUCUCUCUCUCUCUCUCUCUCUACUUUCAUUUGAAACAUAAGGCCUCCCUGCUACAUGGAUACAAACGAACUUGAUUUUUUUUCUUAGCCCCAUAAAUGUGAAAAUAUCAUAAAUAUUUACGUAAAGAAUCGUACGUGUUACAUUAUUGUAUGUUGACUAGGUGACUCCACGAUAUCUCAGAUCAAAUAUGCGAGCAGCAGCUCAGCCAAGAAGACCAAGACCCCAGCAGCCAGACCGAAGGACAGCAUCACGUACAUUCCUUGUGACGCCCGAUAUGGACAAUUUGCAAAUGUAACUGAAACAUCAUAUUAUCAUCUCAAUCACUUUAGAGUUUGGAUCAAGUCAAACCUUCAUUAUACCCAGAUAUUGUGGGAAGAAAGAGUUGUUGAUGCAACAGUAAUUUUUGUAAUGUUGGGGCAGCGUGUAAAGUAUGGGACUAUUUCCAUUCAGUACCUGGGCAGACCUGUCGCCGUUACCGCCAACAUCCUGACACGGACGGCAUGCUCGUUAGUGUUGGCAAAGGUUUAAGAAUAAAUGAAAUUAUGACAAAGUAAAAUAAAAGGAA